AUGUACGAAGCAUCAAGCAGAGCGACGACCGCGACAGAAGGUGGCCGUGACGCCACGCCGGUUAGGAAGCAGCCUUGGGUCGACGAGAUAGUGGCGAAGGGCAAGUGGAUUGAUUGGCAGAAGCAGGGUGACUACCACAUUAUGCUCGCUUGCGCGUUACCGGUGGUUGUGAUUUUGGUGUACCUGUUGAGUGCAGUGCUUCGCUUCGCGGCGGUACUGCUUGCCCCAGUAUCGAUGUUGUCUCCCUUGUUCGUAUUACAGCAAUCCAACGAGAUUCCGAAGCCAAUCCGCGCCGCGGCCAUUGUGGUGUAUACGGGUACGGUGCUGUUGACCAACAUUGGCGGCAUGCUCUCAAUCGCGGCCUACGUUCUUAUUGAAGGGCUACCUCAGCUUCUGAGCACCCCCCUGUUCCUUUUGAGUCAGAUACCCUCCCUAGCCUGUGUGUUCACCUGUUUGUCGGCCAUCUACAUUGUCAAGUCGCUGAAUCAACGCGACCAGUAA